CGUAUGGGAUUGUGACGGACUCAUUCAAGUGGACACUUGUGGAAUGUACAUUGGAUGAGGGCGACGUCUUGUCGUUUCGAGUGAAGGACAUCCCAGGCGUUCUUGACUUGAAGCAGACCAAGAAGGAAGACGUGGAAAAGGACUGUGAGAAAGUCUUUAGCUAUGUUCUUGCCCUGUACCAGUUGAUGAAGGCUGAGAUUGUGAACAGGAGCGCUUAUGGCAGUCCUUCGUCUGACACCCCACCAAGCAAGAGAAUGGCGACUGGUUCACCUCCUUCAUAGUGACAAGCCGAAGUCAGAGGAGUCUAUUGAGGCACUACGCAGGAAGCUGGAGGCUGUUUCACUGGACCUCAGGAACACACAGCGGGACCUCCUGGAGGCUAACGACAGCCUUGCGUCAACACAGGAAGAGCUUGAGGACACUGAGACCAAGCUCGAAGAGACUCAACUCGAGCUGCAGAACACUCGUGAUGCUCUUGCCAACACCGAGCGUGCGCGCCAGGCAGCCAACCUCGACCGUGUCCUCGCGCGGCCAGCCAGACAGCAGGAGGUCUUUGUUGUCUUGAAGUUCCGGUCGCCCCAGCCAUUGCCCGUCGGUGGAUACCAACUUUUCACGCGGCAGCAAAAGGAUGUUGAGCGCAGCUUGAAGCGAUUUAUUUCUGACAAUCCGGAGCUCGAUGCCGUUGUGAUGGACAAGUUGCGAUUCGAUCGCUCUCCUCGAGGGCACCGUGUCUACCAGCGCAUCAAGGACGACAAGGAUGCACCGAUCGAGUUCAGUCGCCGCAACUUCGCGCUCAAGAAAGGCCACUCCGAGGACGACAUGAUUGAGUAUAUCGCCAGUGUCUUCAACACCCAUACUCAGGACCAGGAGAACAUGUAGCUCUAGACUCGCCAGCUCUCUAGCAUUUUAAAAAAAUCUAGGAUUCAAUGAAGAUUGACUAUUAAAAAGGUGCCAUUUUUCACCUGGUAUAUUUAAAUAGCACAGGCAUUCACCACGAGAAUGGCAUGGUAUAUCUCUGACGGACUCUCCUAUUGACAACCCUCUCUUAUUGGCGACCCUCUAUUAUUGACGACCCUCUCUUAUUGCGCGGUG